AUGGAGCGUAACGCUGAUGUUACACUUGAACAUCCAAAGGUUGAACUUGGAAGCGUUCUUUAUAAAGAUGAACGAAUUGAAAUAAGUUUUGCUACGUACGAUGAUAUCAAUGAUUUGUGUAAAGUUAUAAAUUGGGCAUAUCGUGGUAAACCAAAUUCAACAUCCGAAUUAUAUUCUGGAUGGGUUGGUGAACAACAUUUAUUAAGUGGUACACGAAUUCGUUCAUGUGAAUUAAAAGACUACAUAGACAAAAUGAAGGAAAAAAAUCCACCUGAAAUUGUUAUUCUAGUUGCGAAACAUGUGUUUAAUAGUCAAGAACAAAAAAUUAUUGUUGGUUCAUUUAAAGUAGAAUUAUACGACAGAAAUUUACAAACAGAAGAAGAAAAACAAGACGGUAUUGCUGUUGAAUUUGGUUUAAGUUCGGUCGAUCCCGAUUAUCAAGGCCAACGAAUAGGAACAUUAAUGUGGGAAACAGCUAUGCGUGUUUCGAAACAAUAUUUUAACGCCAAACGCAUGUAUGGUCAUAUUAUUUACAGUAAAACUAAUCUAAUUGAUUGGACGAUAAAGCAAGGUUAUCAAAAUACGGGUCGUUUCAUUCCAUAUGUAAUAGAUGAGCAAGAUAGGCCAUUUUAUAUACCAAAAGUCGAUCUUGAACAAUUAAAAUUUGUUGUAUUGACAAAACGUUUAGAAUAA